GCGGAAGUGUCCUUUAAUUAGAGUAAAGUUCACGGACGAUAUUUGACCUGUUAAAUAUUGUGCCUUAGCGUUUGAGUUGAUCUAGUCCACAUCACCAUGUUUGCACUAAAGGCACUAAGGAGUUUUUCUCCUGCGACGAAGAAUGUUUAUUUGCGGAGUAAACAGGCGUUUAGUGUGACUAUGUCGAGAAUGCAGCACGCGGAGGUCCAGGAUGGGGAAGCAGUAGCACCUUUUCGACCUGAAACUCCAAUGGCCAAGACCCUGAUGGACAUUGGCACCAGACGGAUCUUCUCAGAGGAGCAUGACCUGUUCCGUCAAAAUGUGCGCCGGUUCUUUCAGGAGGAAGUUGUCCCGUACCACGCUCAGUGGGAGAAGGCUGGUGAGGUCAGCAGAGAGGUAUGGAAAAAGGCCGGAGAACAUGGAUUGCUGGGAAUAUAUACACCUGAGGAGCAUGGAGGAAUCGGAGGGGACCUCCUGUCUGCUGCUAUAGUGUGGGAGGAGCAAAUGUACUGUAACUGCAGUGGUCCUGGGUUCUCCCUUCACUCUGAGAUUGUAAUGCCUUAUAUCAGUCACUAUGGCUCUAAGGCUCAGAUCGAGCACUAUAUUCCACAGAUGACUGCUGGGAAAUGCAUCGGGGCCAUUGCUAUGACAGAACCUGGAGCUGGCAGUGACCUUCAAGGAGUGAAGACAUUCGCAAAAAAAGAUGGAACUGAUUGGAUUCUUAAUGGAAGCAAGGUGUUCAUCACUAACGGCUGGAUGUGUGACGUGGUGAUUGUAGUUGCUGUGACUAACCGCGAAGCAAAGACGGCAGCUCAUGGAAUCGGUCUGUUCCUGGUCGACGCCGGCGCUAAGGGCUUCCAAAAGGGCCUCAAACUGGAGAAGCUUGGGCUUAAAGCUCAGGACACAGCUGAACUGUUCUUUGAGGAUGUGCGUUUGCCCGCUGAAGCUUUGCUGGGUCAGGCCAGUAAAGGAUUUUAUUAUCUGAUGAACGAGCUUCCACAGGAGCGCAUUCUGAUAUCGGUCAUGGCUCUUGCCAGCUGCGAGUUCAUGUUUGAAGAGACGAGGAACUAUGUGAUGCAGCGGAAGGCGUUUGGCAGGACCAUCGCUGAUCUACAGGUGGUGCAGCACAAACUGGCUGAGCUGAAGACAGAAAUCUGCGUAGGUCGAGCUUUUAUUGACAGCUGCCUUCAACUCCACAGUGAGAAGAAGCUGGACUCGAGCACGGCGUCCAUGGCCAAAUACUGGGCCACAGAUUUGCAGAAUAGAGUUGCUACUCAGUGCCUGCAGCUUCACGGAGGAUGGGGAUACAUGUGGGAGUAUCCGAUAGCCAAGGCCUUUGCGGACUCCAGAGUUCAGCCCAUCUACGGCGGAACCAACGAGAUCAUGAAAGAACUCAUCUCGCGCAACAUCGUUAGCAAAAAAUGAUGUUAAAAAGACGAGGGUUUGAUUAGUUACCUCUCAUUUCUGUAGCUGGAGCUUCACUGAUUGUUGAUUAGGAAAAAAUAGUUUCCGAUGAGUUAUCCAACGCAUGCAAAACGUUCACGGUUAUAUCAUAUGAUGUCUGCAGAGAGAAGGUCUCUUCUGUUCGUUACUCUGCUCUGUAUGGAUGGAUGUUUUAAGCAACCUUUGCCUCCCGGGUGAUCAGUUCGUGACGCUAAAUGCAGAGAUUUGUAAAGUUCGGAUGCUUUUGUAGAGAUUUGACUGUUUUGAUAUGUGAAUACUUUUGUAAACUACUAAAUCUUUAUAAAGAUAUUUCUAAAGAUGGCUAA